CAACCUUCCGGCCACAGGGCCAGUUCCCUAACCUCCAGCCCAUGACUGCCCCCAAGAAAACAAGAAAGCAAAAUAUGCCCUCUAUAGAAGAAAUACCAUCAACAGAUUCACAGACUUUAGAAAAAUAUUGGGGCAUAAGGCUGAAAACCACAACUGAAAGCCUAUGACCUUCAACUCUUUAGACAUCACUGCAGCAUAACCGGUCAGGCUUCUGUGGUUGAUCACCACAUGAGCUAAGGCAUGCCUCGACACACUGUCAAUAUAAAUCCUCCUUCUCUUUCAUGUACUGGCCUGACUUUUUUGCAGUUGCAGUCCAACUGUGGCAAUUGAGGCUUUAACACAAUAUAGAGAAGCUUUGUCAUCACAGCAGGCAGAGGUCAAUACAGUAGCAGGCAGACGCAGUGCGGUCAAAUUAUGGAGGUAACUGUGUUGCAAAACUUGAGAACUUGUAGGAUGAAAUCUGUGCUUGUAUUUUUGAUGUGAGAACUUGUGAAAUAAAAAAUCUGAACUUAUACUAAAAAUAUAUACUUAUACUGAAAUAUACUAAGAUAAAUACUCAUCUUCUUCUAAGCCGCUUCUCCUUCUGGAUCGUGGGGGGUGCUGGGGCCUAUCCCAGCGGCUAAGAUACAUACAAAUAUAUUUAUUUGUACACAAAUUGUACACAAAUCCACAGGCUGGCCUACUUCAGCAGAACUAGCUCUGUCUGUUACCAACUGGGUGUGGGCUGCUAUGCCUUGCAAUACAGUUAAGAAGAUUUCCUGCUGCGUUUUUAACAUCUGAAUUCUGCUGUACCUGAUGAACACACACACACACACACACACACACACACACACUGUUGUUAGAAUGACACUAAUGUAGUCAUUUAAUCACAGAUGUGCUUGUAUGGACACAAGUUCAGCUGUACUGCUCUGGGGAAUCAGUAAGCCCCUGAUUCAGUGAACAGUUUAUACUGGAUUCUCUCUGUCCUCCAGCGCUGACGCUGAAAUGUUAUCAGUGUCGACCGGGGGAGUCUGGACAAUGCACUGACACCCAGACAGACUGCUCAGAUCAGUGUACCAGCAUGACCACUGUUACACACACAGGUAAGAAUGACCUGAAAUAUAAAAUCAAUCGGUCAUACGUAUGUGAUAUAUAUGAUGGAUUCAUAUUUCUGGCUAUGUAUGUGUAUAUAAUGCACAAUCCUGCACUAAACAAACAAACAAAUAAAGAGAUAAAUGACACAACAAUAAGCAACAACAUUAAACAUUAGCAAGAAUCAAACAAAUAGGCCAAGUAAGCUAAUAUGGAGGAGCUUUUCCCUUUCAUUUCUUUUUGCAAAGUCAUUUUGCUGACGGAGUCAAUAUUGAUCCACUCAGCAUUGACGGCUUCAAACAUCUGAGAAGCACUGCUGAGCUGGUUUGUGUUUAAUGUGAGGCCAGAUAUUCUCUACAGGGUUUAAAUCUGGGCUCAGAUCUGAUCAGCCCAAAACCACCAAUACAAACUGUUAGUGUUUUGGAUUUGGCCCAUUUCUUUGCACCUUACUUUAAGCCUAUGCUGUUUUCACUAGUUGGUGUACCACAAGAGUUUAGUAUGAAGAACAGCAACAAAGUACCAGGUAAAGCCAAAACACUCUGAAUACUGUACAAAGGACGUGGUUUAUGAAGGUUGAGAUGAAGAUGGAAUAAGAGAUGAAGGUUCUCUCUUAUUCCGUCUCAUUCAGACAGUCUAAAGCUAAAGCUGAUGUAACAGUCAGUAGUGCUGAGACUUCAUUAUCAGGAUGUCCUGUAAGGAGUAUCUCUGGGUUUAGUCUGUUGUGUUGUAAUGCAGAGAUCUGCAGAUACGAUGACGCUAAACCUCUUCCAUGAACUGUGUAUCUGGAAAGCUUCUCCAAAUGGGAGGAUGUGUUACACCUGUGCUUACGGCGACUGCUCAAGAACCGUGAACUGUGAAGGAGAUGAAGAUCAGUGCAUCAGCACACAGGCAUUUCUGUUGGUGCUCAAGUGAAAGGAUGUGCGAGCAGAAGUUUCUGUACUGCGGGUGCAGUGAACAUGCAGAUAGCUGGAAUCAUUGGAGGUUUGACCUGCUGUGAUGGGAACCUCUGUAACGGUGGUCCGACGCUGACCCUGAAGUGUUAUCAGUGUAUACCUGCCUCGUCUGGAACAUGCAACACCCAGACCUGCCCAGAUCAGUGUGGCAGUGCAACCGCUGAAGUGACUAUGAGUGGUGUAUCACAGGUGGUAAGUGUGAAGAACUGUACAGUUUCAGGACAGUGUCUCUCUGGAAGCCUAAAUAUUGGAUUUGAGCAACUGACCAUCAACACACAGUGCUGCAGCACUGAUCUCUGCAACAGCCAGAACGUGUCAGCUCUGUCACAUGGGACUCUGAAUGGAAAUAAGUGUUACACCUGCAUUGGCAAGGACUGCACAGGAACUGUGAGCUGUGUGGGAAUUGAAGAUCGGUGCAUCACUGCCACAGCGAUCUACAGUAGUGGUAGUAAAGUGACAGUGAAAGGCUGUGUGAGCAGAAGUUUCUGCACUGUGGACACAUCAAUCUUGCAGGCAACUGGAGUCACUGGAAGUGUGAGCUGCUGUGAGGGGAACCUGUGUAACAGCGCUGAGGGGGUUAAGCUGAGUCUUCUCAUCAUGCUGGUUCCUCUGAUCUCCAUCCUCUUCAUCUAAACUCUCUGCUGCCCAAACCCUUUUUUUUUCUCAUUUGCUUUUUCUACCUUUUGCGACUAGCAGGGGUGUAUAUAUUAAAAGAUGAGUAAAUGGAGAGUCUUAAUGUUUUUACUAAUGGUCUCUGUAAUCAAAAUAAGUUGAAUAAACAGUGUGAGAAGUGA